AUGCCUCCAGCUAUAUCUUCACUUUUCCCCUCCACCCCUCCACCUCCAAUCCUCCCAUCAAUAUUAGCCUGGUGCUCGAACCUCUACACCCGGUGGAUCCCAACCACAACCAAACGAAGCUAUAGCAAGCUCCCGCAGCACCCAAACCAAGUUCAAUCCCCCCAAUCAAGCACUUCCACCCUCUCAAACCUAAGCAUGAAAGCAAGCCGCUUCUCAAAAGCCCGAUGCCGAACGUACUGGCUAGCCCUAGUCCUCUGCUGCGGCGGAGCCCUAUUCGGCUAUGACUCCGGGGUAAUAGGCGGCGUUCUAACAUUCCACUCCUUCGAGCACAGCUUCAACAUAACCCCCUCCCAAAAAACAAGCAUAAGUGCCAUAGCAGUAGGAAUCCAACAAGCCGGCGCCUUCGCAGGCUGUUUCCUAAUAUGGCCAGUGACGAAUCGACUCGGCCGGCGCGCCGCAAUGAUGAUCAGCUCGGCCAUCUUCUGUGUUGGCGUCAUCCUCGAAACAAUCGAUACUCACUCCUUGUCGGCUUUCUAUGUCGGCAGGGUAAUCUGCGGACUAGGCGUUGGCGGGUCGGCUACUGUUAUUCCCAUUUAUAUGUCUGAGAUGAGUCCCAAGGAGAUUCGGGGUCAACUUGGGAGUUGUUAUCAGCUUACGUAUACCAUUGGUAUUCUUGUGAGUUAUUGGAUUGAUUAUGGGGUUAAGGGGAUGGAGGCUACUGCGGCGCAGUGGCAAUUGCCUAUUGGGCUGCAGCUUGUUCCUGGAUUACUUAUGGGAGUUGGGAUGUUGAGUCUGGGUGAGAGUGUGCGGUGGUUAUUGGCUUGUGGAAGGGAGGAGGAGGCUUGGGUGAGUCUUGUCUGGAUUCGGGCCGGGGAGGGGGAAGAUGUUGUUGCUGAGUUCGAGGAUAUGAGACGCGGUCUUGAGGAGGAGAGACAUGCUACUGCUGGUUUCAAGUUGAGGGAGUUGCUUGAGUGGAGGAAUUUACAUCGGCUGUUGAUUGGUGGUGGGUUGUUCCUUGCGCAGCAGUCGACUGGAUCGACUGCACUUGCAUACUUCGGGCCGCAGUUCUUUGCUAUCCUUGUUGGUGAUGGGGAUCGCACACUCCUGCUUACUGGCAUCUUUGGUGCGAUUAAGGUUGUUGCUUGUGCGAUCUUCGUGGUGUUUUUGUCGGAUCGCUUUGGGAGACGGCCGUUGCUCAUUAAUGGGGCUGCUUUCAUGGCUGUUUGUAUGAUUGCUACUGCGGCGGUCAUAAAGGUUUAUCCUCAGCCUGGCGAUGGGACUGUUACAUCUUCCGGCAUUGCGACUGUUGCUUUGAUAUAUCUUGAUAUCAUUGCUUACAACUUCAGUUGGGGGCCGCUGCCUUGGCCAUGCACAAGUGAGAUCUUCCCCACACGGAUUCGCGAGCCAGGUGUUGCGUUCGGUGUUGGAUCGCAGUGGCUGUUCAACUUCGUAUGGAGUUUCUCGACGCCGUAUAUCCAGGCCGGUAUUGGCUGGGGUACAUUCCUGCUGUUUGGGUUGUUAGAUGUACUCAUUGCCAUCUUUACAUUCUUCUUCUUGAAGGAGACUGCUGGCAAGUCUCUGGAGGAGAUUAACGAUAUGUUUGAUGGCAUUGAUCCCGAUGCUGAGCGUGGAUGGAAGGGAGAUACCAUUGAGGGGUCUACUCAAGGCGGUGCUGAUGCAUAUCAAAAGGCACAGAAUGAUAUUGAUAUUGAUACCAAGUCAAUGCAGUCCAAACAUCAGACUGCACAUGUGGAGUCAACCGCUGGACGGUCGUGA